AUGAGCACACUAUCAAAGAAAACCAAAGGCCAAUUGGUCGAAAUUGCAGAAGAUUUGAGUAUCGACAUUUCCGACUGCAAGGUCAAGAAGGAGGUUUACGAAGUAGUCAAGAGCUACUUUAUCAACAAUGCAGACUCCUUCGAUACGAAUUCAAAGUAUUACGAACUUGCUACGUUGUCCAAAAUGGGAUCUCCGAAGAAAACUGUAUUUGUUGAAGGAGACGAUGGCGACGUUAAAGAAGUAGACAUUAUCGAGGAGGAAGAAAACGAAACUGAGCAAGCUCCCGAUAGCGAAGAAACCGAUGGAGAAUCCUCCUCCGAUACCCAAGGCGGGAAUGAAGGUGUCCAAGACGAUAAAGAAAAAGAUGUCCCUGGUUAUAAGGAUGAAGAGGAUGAUGAUGAUGAUGAUGAUGAUGAUGAUGACCUAGAUUUCGAAUGUUACACAAACUUCUUUAAAGCUUUACAACACGGAACUCUUCCUGACUACAUUGAGCUCAAAAACUAUGAGAUAAGGGAUUAUCUAGGCGAUCCUUAUUCUAUCAAUGAAGUUGCAUUUUACAUUGAAUCAUUGAUAUUAUUGUAUUCUUUGUCUCAGUUCACCCACCUCGGUGUUUAUCUGCCAUCUUCCGUCUCUUCGAUUCUUCCAAAGUUUAUCAACAACAUCCCAGUUCUAUCAGUCGAUUCCUUUACAUGUGAAAAUAUCGUAACUGUGUCAUUAUGGUAUUUGUUUGCAAAGGCUUUACCUCUCUUUUUCUCUUAUUACAUUAACUUCACUUAUGAUUUUGAUAGAGAUGCAUUUACCGAAGCUCUAGCUAAGUUAUUCUUUGCUAUCAUCGUCUUCAAGGCAGAUGUCCCAACUACCAUCAAGGAUGAAAUCAAGUAUGCUUUCACUUAUGACAGCAUUUCUGUAUCCACAUUUAAGCAUUUUGCCUAUGUUGCCACCGCUAAUUUGAGAUAUAUCUUUGGUAACUGGGUCUUAAUUGAUGCUCUAUUCACAUCAAUUUUAGCGCUUUAUGCAAACUUGGCGUUUGUAUGA